GUUGACGAAAAAAAAAUAAAUAAUAGUUUUUUGACUUAAAUAUCUCAAAAAAAAUAACCUAGUUAAUGUACAUUAAUAACGUGUCAUACAGCAACAUUAUUAAUUGAGUCAUCAUCUGAUUUUGUAAGAAGAGAUCAAAGUCCAAUUAAAUACAAGGUAAAAGUUCAAAUCAAAAAAAUUGAAUCAGUUUAAUUAGAAUUGAAAUGGUUCGAUUAUAUCAUUUUGCUUUGGUUGUUCGACGAUUAUUGGUUGAAAAUCGUUCAUUACUUUAUCAGUUCCAUAGAUUCAAGAAACCAGCUGUUGCAUCACGAUUACAUAAACCUCAUAUAUACCUAGCAUUCCUUGGAUUUUCAUUUGCAAAGAAAGAAGUAGAAGAAGUUAAAAGUAUUGAAUUUACAAUGGUUGACCAAACUAGUUUAGAAAAAGCUGAUCAGCUGUUUGAUGACAACAAAUUUCAAGAGACUGUUGAUUUUUUAAAUACAUUAGAUCAAUCCAGUGCUGAUGUACAAUGGAGAUUAGGACGUGCUUUAUUCAAGUGUUCAGGAAUUGAUGCAAAUAGUUCAAAGAAAAAUGAAUUGAUUCGUGAUGCUUACAAGAACGUUCAUGAAGCUUUACAAAAGGAUGACAACAACUUUGCCAUCCAUAAGUGGUAUGCAAUAUUGCUUGAUGCCAAUUCCAAUUUGGAUGGAAUGAAGACUCGAGUUCAAGAACUAGAAAAUGUUAAGAAACAUAUGGUAAGGGCGAUUGAGUUGAAUCCAGAAGAUCCAACUUCGAGAUACAUUCUUGGUGAAUUUGCUUUUGGACUAGCUGAUUUGCCUUGGUAUCAAAGAAAAAUUGUCUCGACUAUUUUCGCAACACCACCAACGGCAACUUAUGAAGAAGCCCUAGAACAUUUCCUUAAAGCUGAAGACCUAAAAGCCGACUUCUAUUCAAUGAACAAGUUAAUGAUUGGCAAAUGUUACAUGGCAAUAAAAGACAAUGAGAAGGCACGUGAAUACUUAACCAAAGCCACAUCUAUCACUGUUCAAAAUGAAGAUGACAGAAAAUGCAAAGAAGAAGCUACAAAGCUCUUAAGCAAAGUCAAAUAAAAGAGAUGUUUUCAAUUUUUAACAUUUUUUUACUGGAUUCAAGGCUAUGUGCACAUAUUUCCAUUUAUCACAAAACUACUAUAUCUAAUCAAUGCAACAGAAUUUAAAUAAAUCAAGUGGUUGUAAGCUUAAACUGACUUUACUUUUAUCAAUAAAAU